AUGAGGGAUCCCACCGUGAACAUGGAAGAAGACUCCCAACAGCCGGCCACUAAUGGGCCCACCGAAUCUCGCCGCAAUCCAACCAAAUCUGUACGGGUAGCCUUUGGUCCCGACCUGGAAACAACGAUCCCCACACGCGACCGAUCGCCAGAACCUGUAUCCAGUCACCGCCGCUCUCGCACGACCGUCAAACAGACACCGCCGGCUCUGGCACCCCCACCCGUGCGGCCCACGAGCUCCUCAGGAGAUGGUGUGGCGGGGAUAGAUUCUCCGCCCCGGCGGCCGUCUCCUCGCAGAGCAGAAAGCAGCCGGCCGGCGCUGUUGAAGAGAGCCAAGAGUGACUAUGGGCCGAGCCGGAUCACCUUUGAUAAACCCGCUGCAGUCGAUGAAGAUGAAGAUUUUGCCAUGCGACACGGAUGGCAGGAGGAGUACACAUCGAGUGAAUAUCUCAAAGUUUUGCAUUCGAACUUCUACAUGUAUUUCACGGAGAAGCGACAUGAGACAAAUGGUAUCCCCAGGGAUCCCGUUGGAAGCUGGCCCAGUCAGGAUUGGCGCAUGAAAGAUCGGCUCAAAACAGUUUCUGCGGCUUUGGCCAUUUGUUUGAACAUCGGUGUCGAUCCUCCCGAUGUGGUCAAGACGAACCCAGCGGCCAAGCUCGAAUGCUGGGUGGACCCUACCUCAACUACCGGCGGCGGUCAGAAUAAGAUCAUGGAGCAGAUUGGGAAGAAGUUACAGGAACAAUACGAAACCCUCAGUCUGCGGACAAGGUAUAAGCAGUACCUGGACCCGUCCGUCGACGAGACGAAGAAAUUCUGCAUAUCGCUACGCCGCAAUGCCAAGGAUGAGCGAGUUUUGCUACACUACAACGGUCAUGGUGUUCCGCUGCCUACUCAGUCCGGCGAGAUCUGGGUCUUCAAUAAGAACUACACCCAGUACAUCCCCGUUCCAUUAUACGAUCUGCAGUCCUGGCUCGCCGGGCCCAGUCUCUUCGUCUUUGAUGUCUCACAUGCUGGAAAUAUCGUCCAGAACUUCCAUACGUUUGUGGAGAAGCAUGAGAAAGAGAACCUCGAGACGAAGAAGCGGGACCCUAAUGCCACGGUCCAAAAUUACGGCGACUGCAUUCUUCUUGCCGCUUGCCAAAAGAACGAAUCGCUCCCGACCAACCCUGACCUACCCGCCGAUCUCUUCACCUGUUGCUUGACGACCCCGAUCGAAAUUGCGCUACGCUUCUUCAUCUUACAGAAUCCUCUCCGAACCGACAUUUCAAUCGACGAUUUUAGAGUUCCUGGCCGUCUGCAAGAUCGACGAAGCCCUCUGGGAGAGCUGAAUUGGAUCUUCACUGCCAUCACUGAUACUAUUGCUUGGAACACUCUACCCCGGACUUUGUUUAAGAAGCUUUUCCGGCAAGAUUUGAUGGUUGCGGCCCUUUUCCGCAACUUUUUGCUUAGCGAGCGAAUCAUGCGCACCUAUAAAUGCCAUCCGAUCUCUUCCCCCGAACUCCCAGAGACCCAUCACCACCCGCUCUGGAAGAGCUGGGAUCUCGCUGUUGAGAUGGUUCUGUCUCAGCUGCCUGCUUUGAUCGAUCAUGAAGAAGGCCGCCGGCAGUAUGAGUAUCAGCACUCCACGUUCUUCGCCGAACAGCUCACAGCUUUUGAGGUUUAUCUUUCAUCCGGCCCAACGGAGAAGAAUCCGCCAGAUCAGUUGCCCAUUGUGCUCCAGGUUCUCCUGAGUCAGGCACAUCGGUUGCGGGCCUUGAUUCUUCUUAGCAAGUUCCUAGAUCUAGGACCAUGGGCUGUUCAUCUUGCCCUGAGUAUCGGCAUCUUCCCUUAUGUCGUCAAGCUGCUGCAGUCAGCUGCGCAAGAGUUGAAGCCGGUCAUGGUCUUUAUCUGGGCAAGGAUAAUGGCGGUCGAUCACACUGUUCAAAAUGACCUUCUCAAGGAUAACGGUAUCCACUACUUUAUUUCGAUUUUGAACCCAUCGUCCCCCAUCCCUGUUGGAAAUGCCAGCGAGCACCGAGCUAUGUGUGCAUUCAUCGUCUCUAUCUUCUGCCAAAACUACCCCCAGGGCCAAAAUGUCUGUCUGUCUGGGGAGCUGUUUGACUCAUGCUUGAGACAUCUUGGCGACGUCGAAAACCCCCUGCUGCGGCAGUGGUCAUGUCUAUGCCUGAGCAUGCUCUGGUGUGACUUCCCAGAAGCAAAGUGGAUGGGUAUUCGUUGUGCAGCUACUGCUCGACUGUGCGAACUGAACUUCGACCCUGUGCCCGAAGUUCGCGCUGCAAUGCUUCAUGCAGUAACUACUUUCUUGGGUAUUCCGGACUUGACGGACCAGGUGGCUCAGAUUGAGGAAUCUUUGGCCCUCGCCGUCUUGCCCAUGUCGGCCGAUGGAAGCGUUCUCGUGCGCAAGGAGCUGGUUGUUUUCUUGUCCACGUUUGUCAAGCGCCACCAGAACAAGUUCCUGGUAGCAGCGUACGAAGAGCUUCAGGAGGAGAAGCAAUCUUUGCUUCAUCGUUUCGAGAGCGAGGGCUCUCAGAUCGGCGGCCAACAUAGUCCCACGGUUUCCGAAGUUAAGCCGCACCAAUUGUCUCGGAACACUACGUUCGGAGCCAUCUGGAAACAACUUCUGGUUAUUUCGGUGGAUCCCCAUCCUGAUAUUGCCCAGGACGCGGGCACCAUUGUCGACUUCAUCCAUAUGACCCUUCUAGAGUCGCCUAUGUCGCAGCUUACAGACAAAAUCAGAAUUGAAAUUCUGGAGCUCACGAGCCGCAUGUCAGCCAAGCAGAAGGUGCUCGAACGCUCGGAGGUGAACAAAGCGGCCCCUCCCUCGACUCCCCCGUCGUACGCCACGGCUGCUCCCAAGCAAGAGGGCUAUUUGUCGCUGGGUUUCAGACGCACGGCUAGUGUUGCUGCUUCGCUCAAGAAUCUUGCAUUCGGUCCUUCGGCACCGACAGACUCGCCAUCAGACAGCCAGCCUCCCUCGCCGACUCAGAGCCGGACACCCAUCACCCCGCGCGGCCGAGCUCCCAUUGAAUGGUCCCGACCUCCUGAGGUGAACGACCACGUUGCUCCCGCAACAUCGUACCACCAAGCUCCGAUGCCGACUUCUCGUGGCUUUCAGCCCAGAGAGUCGGCCGGGAUACCUGCGAUCCCGCUGAAGAGCAGGUUCUUGGAUUGGUCUACAGAGUACUUCCGUGAACCGCAGAUGAAACCCAAUGAACCCGACGAGCCUGGCAGUUCUGAUUACAACGAGCGUCUCUGGAGGCGCGGCCGGAACGAGAAAAUCAUUGCCGAAACCCAGCCCUUAAAAACCAAGGCUGGGACAAGUCGAUGGGACAACUCAAUUACUUUGCUGUCGAACAGCAGUCAGCCUCUCAAGAUGUGUUUCCAUCAAUUCGAAGAUCACAUCGCUGUAGCAGACGACCGGGAUACUAUUGCGAUUUGGGAUUGGCAAAGUCACAAACGCCUCAAUCAAUUCUCAAAUGGAAACCCGGCUGGAUCGAAAAUCAACGAAAUUCGAUAUAUCAACGAGGACGACCAGGCUUUGUUGAUGACUGGCUCCUCUGACGGUGUACUCAAGCUCUUCCGGAACUAUGAGUCUGCCAGGGAUAUUGAGGUCGUCACAGCCUUCCGAGCCUUGCCAGACCUAAUUCCAAGCAAUCGAAAUGCGGGACUUGUGUUUGAUUGGCAGCAGGGUCAAGGGAAAGCUCUCGUUGCGGGCGAUGUAAAGGUGAUUCGUGUUUGGAACGCAGCUACCGAAGUCUGCACCAACGACAUCCCCGCCCGCUCCGGCUCCUGUAUCACCUCCUUGACCUCAGAUCAAGUCGCUGGCAACAUCUUUGUUGCGGGCUUCGGCGACGGCGCUGUUCGAGUAUUCGACCAGCGACUGAAACCAACCACAUCCAUGGUCAAGGUUUGGCGCGAGCACAAGCAGUGGAUCACAAACGUCCACAUGCAGCGGGGCGGCUUGCGGGAGCUGAUCUCAGGCAGUCGGAACGGCGAAAUCCGACUAUGGGACCUGAGAAUGGACGACCCGCUCUCCACCAUCUACGCCACGAAGGAUACUCUCCGGACAUUGAGCGUGCACGAACACGCCCCUGUCUUCAGCAUGGGCACGAACCGCCACGAGGUCAAGACAUUCAACGUGGACGGCAGCUAUCUCUCCACCUUCGAGCCCUACUCGAGUUUCCUCCACCACAACCGCUCCUCCCCCAUCGCCAGCACGGCCUUCCAUCCGCAUCGCAUGGUCCUCGCAUGUGCUGCAUUGAACGACCACCACGUCAACCUCGUGUCUUGCUAG